GUGACCACAGGGACGCGGUAUUUUUGGCACGGGGGUGGAGCCUGUGCAGCCAGCCUAGCACCAUGCCGCCCUGGGAUGGGCAGCUCAGACCCCCAGCUUGGCCGCCGGGACCCAGGUAGGACAAGGGCCCAGAUGGAGCCCCGAGGCGGUGGAACCCCCGGGUCUCGUGCGGCAGGAGCCGCAUGUGCGGUGUAGUGCCUGGGGCCUGAACCCACGAAGACCCCACUGGACCCAUUCUGCUACCCUCCAGUGCCUCUGCUGACCCCACAUGGAAAAUUUCCAGUACAGCGUCCAGCUGAGUGACCAGGACUGGGCUGAGUUCUCAGCCACUGCCGAUGAGUGUGGCCUCCUGCAGGCUGGCCUGGCCUCUGGGGACGAGCCCUUGUCCAGUGACAUUGACCAAGGGGACAGCAGUGGCAGCAGUCCCCCCAGGCCCCCGCCUCUCCCAACUGGGCAGCCAGCUGCAGGAGGGCGGAGCUGGCGGGGCUGCGAGGGGGAGGACGUGGCCACACAGCAGCUGGUCAGCAGGUCUCUGUGUGAGCCUGUCUUGGCCCUGGGGACCGGUCAGCAGACACCCAGCACGUCCACACGGGCAGAGGCUCCACCGUCCCUCGGCCCCGGCGCCAGCCCUCCCGGCCAGUGCUCAUCCCGCCCUGGUCCGGCGUCUUCUGGAGACCAGAUGCAGAGGCUUCUGCAGGGCCCUGCCCCACGGCCCCCUGGUGAGCCCCCUCGGAGUCCCGAGUCCCCUGGCCACAGCACUGGCUCCCAGAGGCCCCCCGAUAGCCCUGGAGGCCCACCACGGAGCCCCAGCCGGAAGAAGAGGCGAGCUGUGGGUGCCAAGGGGGGUGGGCACGCAGGGGCCUCUACCUCUGCCCGGACGGGCUCCCCGCUGCUCCCCGCGGCCAGUCCUGAGACGGCAAAGCUGACGGCCAAAGCCAGGCAGGAGGAGCUGGGGCCAGGCCCUACAGGAGCUCCUGAGCCAGGGCCAGAUUUGGGCCUAUCUACACCCGUCCCUGUGACUGAGCAAGGCACAGACCAGAUCAGAGCCCCUCCCCGAGCUGAGCUGCACACGGGGUCCACACCUGUCCAGGAAGCCCACCCAGGUGUCUCAUGGGCUAAGUCAGACCUGGCUAUGUCCACACCUGCCUCCGAGCCGCAACCUGACACGGCUGUGUCCACACUGACUUCUGAGCCUCAGUCCAGUGUGGCCCUGUCUACACCCGUCUCCAAGCUGCAACCUGACACGGACACGGCUGUGUCCACACCUGCCUCCGAGCAUGGCCUGGACAUGGCCUUGCCGACAGCAGGCCCAGUGGCUAAGCUACAGGUGGCUUCAUCUCCACCUGUCUCAGAGGCUGUGCCGAGGGUGACCGAGUCCAGCGGGCUUGUGUCUACCCCUGUUCCCACAGCUGACGCCGCUGGCCCCGCCUGGUCUCCCACCCGCAGAGCUGGGCCUGAUGUGGAGACGGAAGCGGUUGUGUCUGCGCCCUCAGCCGGGGCCCCUGGAUACCGCUCUGGGGAGCCCGCACUGGGUCUCACCCAAGUCCCCAAGAAGAAGAAAGUGCGCUUCUCUGUGGCUGGGCCCGGCCCCAACAAGCCAGGCCCAGGAGAGGCCUCAGGCCUGGCCCCAUCGGCCACAGCCAGGCCCUCAGCCCCCCGGACAGCAACUGGGGGCCACGGGGGGCCCGGAGCCUGGGAUGCUGUGGCUGUCGGUCCCCGGCCCCACCAGCCUCGGAUCCUCAAGCACCUGCCUCGCCCCCCUCCCUCUGCCGUGAUGAGGGCCCGGCCCGGGCGCAGCUUUGCCGUGACCCUCCCGGAGGCCUACGAGUUCUUCUUCUGUGACACCAUCGAGGAGGACGAGGAUGCUGAGGUGGCAGCAGCCGGUCAGGAUCUGGCAGACAUCCAGUGGCCGGACAUGUGCGAAUUCUUCUUCCAAGACGCUGGAGCCCAGAGGCCGAGGCAGCGGGGGUCCCCGGCGCCACUCCCAAGAGCUGAUCCUGUACCAGCCCCCGUACCUGGAGACCCUGUGCCCAUCUCCAUCCCUGAGGUCUAUGAACACUUCUUCGGGGACGACAGGCUUGAGGGCGUGCUAGGGCCGGCUGUCCUGCCCCAGCUGCAGGCCCCGGAGCCUCCCAGGUCGGCCUUCCAGGGUGCGGGGCCGGGGACCCCCCUCAAGCCAGCCACAGUAGAGCGGCUCCACCUGGCUCUUAGGCGGGCAGCGGAGCUCCGGGGGCCUGUCCCGUCAUUUGCCUUCAGCCAGAAUGACAUGUGCCUGGUGUUUGUAGCCCUUGCCACCUGGGCUGUGAGGACGUCAGAUCUGCACACCCCAGACGCUUGGAAAACAGUCUUGCUGGCCAACAUCGGCACCAUCUCUGCCAUCCGCUACUUCCGCCGGCAGGUGGGGCAAGAGCGCCACAGCCCCAGCUCCUAGGAGCCAGGCCCGGGCCAGGGAGAUGCGGGAUGAGGAGAUGACCACAGGCACCCAGGACGGGACGAGGUGCUACCCUUGCCCGAGCCCUCUGACCCCUGUCUUCUACGGUGUCCAGGAGGGGGGCGUGUCCUGGUGCUGCUCCCUCGGACUCACCUGAGGAUCCAGCCAGUGGCCAUGGCCACUCCCCACGCCUGGGAGGGAAGGUGCUAAAGUCUGGGUGGGUGGAGGGAGGCAGGUGGCUGGAUAGGAGGGUGGCCAGAUUCACAGAUGAGAACACAGGGCAUUUGGUUAAUUUCAGACAUGCAAUAGUGGGGAGGUCAUUUUACUAAGAAGUUAUUUGUUGUUUAUCUGAAAUCACAUUUAACCGCACCCUGCAUUUCUUCCGGGAUGCAGUGGGGGCUGAGUGGCAGGACAGGACUUGGACCCUGGAGGGGUCUGAGCAGCGAGAGGCUCUGGUUGGAGCUCUGGGCAAACGGAGGGGCGAGGACACAGGGCAGCCUCCUCACAGGUGGGCCGGGCUGCCAAGGGCUCCAAGGCCCAUCACUCUUGAUCCUCAAGGGACUGUGGCCAAGGCCUCUCUGAGCUCUGGCCUGAGACAGUGAAGGCAGCCCAGCGGCCCCUGCAGGGUGGGGGUCUGUGGCAGAGCUGCGAGCCCCUCCCUGGGAAGCCCUGGGUGCAGGUGCAGAGGGAGAAUUUGGCGGCAUCAGACGGAGGGCUGGGCUCCUGGGGUUGUCCUGGCGGCUCUUGUGGGGCAGCUGGGGGCCCACGGCCAAGGGGAGUCAGAGACGAGUUGGGAAGGUCGGUGAGGGGCCGAAGGUGGCAGAGGAAGGGGGCUGCCUGGCUGGGUGCCAGGUGGGGGUCCCCGGGUGGGGGUCCUGCCAAGGCAGUGCGUGCAGGGUCCUCAAGACUGUGGGAGAUCCUGGCUGCUGAGCGGAGAACACGUGUACGCGGCACCAAUAAAAUUCUUUCUUUUCUUUUU